AUGAGAGAGAGGGAGGGAGAGAGAGGAUUUGCAGCCCACGUCCUUCCCUUGGACAGCCUCCCGGGGGGGGGGGGAGAGAGGAGGGUGUGGGGCGUGGAUGGCUCCCAGAUGCUUUACGCUGAGAUGCUUUACUUGCAGCGCCGUUCUUUCCUUUUCAUCCUUGGCCUGCUUGUUUUUUUUUUUUUUAAAAAAAAGAACACCGACGACCGCUCCAUCGAAAUUCAGCAGCAUUCGAAGUCCCCUUUUGAAUUCGUGGAUUCUGGAGUGGCUCCAGCCAUUUUUGUUUGUUUGUUUGUUUGUUUUCUCCACCUGAAAGCAGCAGAAAGCAUUAAGGAGUUAAGCUUUUCCCGUGGCAUAGUGGAAAUGCUAGAUUAUCUGUUGUUCUCCUCCUGUUUUCCUUUUCCCUUUCCUUUCCUUUCCUUUCCUUUCCUUUCCUUUCCUUACCUUACCUUACCUUACCUUUCCUUUCCUUUCCUUUCCUUUCUUUUCCUUUCCUUUCUUUUCCUUUCCUUUCCUUUCCUUUCCUUUCCUUACCUUUCCUUCUCCAUUCUCUUCUUUUCCUUCCUUCCUUCCUCCACUCCUUCCUUCCUUUCUUUCUUUCUUUCUUUCUUUCUUUUUUCCUUCCUCCCUCCCUCUCCUUCCUUCCUUCCUUUCUCUCUCUCUCUCUUUCUUCCUUCCUUUCUCUUUCUUUUUUUUCUUUCUUUCUCUCUCUCUCUCUCUUUCUUUCUUUCUCCCUCCAUCUUUCCUUCCUCCCCUUUCCUUCUCCUCCUCUGCUGUCCUUCCUUCUCCCUCUCCUCUUCCCUAACUUCCUCCUCCAUCCUCUUGAACCCAAUCAGGGUUUUUAACCUUCAAUCCCCAGGGAUGCUGUAUCUGUAUUUGGUAGCUGAACUUCUCCAUCUUCCGUUAGAUUUUUUUUUUCCUUCCUGCUUCUGAUUGACUCAUCUGGAAAGGAAACAUUUGCCAACCCCCCCCCCCCCCAAAUUAUGUAUUUGGAUGGAUUUUUCCUUCUUGGCUAUAUGCAACUACAAUGGCUUUCCAUCAAGCUUGGGACCUCAGCUCCGUACCUGAAGGCCUUUUCAACCAUGCGUUCUCUUUCCCUUUUGCGCGAGAGACACAAGCUUUAGAAAUCAACCAAGAUAGAAGAGAGAUCAGAACAGCUAUUUCCCCAUUGCCCCAUUCCCAAAUCCCCAACGUGUGGAAAUCAUUUCGAGAUCUUCCCAAAUCUGCCCCCCUCGCUCUCCAAACCAGGGCAUUCAUGCCGUUUUUUUAAUUUCUAUAUGCGAUUUAUUUUCGUGACAUUUUUUAAGACAAGGGAGUAUGGGAACGUAAAGCUUCUCUCAAGUUUUCUGCUAAAUCCGCUGCUUUGCCGGAAAAGUGUUUUUUUUUUUUUCUUUCAAUCUUGAAGAGGUGUGGACUUCAACUCCCAGAGUUACCUCUCUCUCUCUCUCUCUCUCUCUCUCUCUCUCCCAAAGCAGGCUUUUCAGCAUGAAUUCUGGGAGUUGAAGUCUGCAGAUCUUAAAGCAGGCUGGCUGGGGAAUUCUGGGAGUUGAAGUCCACCCAUCUUCAAAGUUGCUGAGGUUGAAAAAACAGUUGACUUCCAGGCAUAUGUUUUAUUUGAUUGUGGAUUGAACGUGGGAAAGAUGCUUUUCUCUUUCCCUUCUUCCCAUUUUCCUUCCGCUCUCCCCUCCACCCUCCUCUGCUCAUCCUUGACUCUGCAUUCCUUCCUUUGCUUUAGCUAAUUCUGUUUUUUUCUUUCCAAGCUCUCUCUCACCCCUUCCAUCCAUCCUGUUUCUCAUCCAGCAGUCCCGUUUCUGCAGAAACAGAGCAGAAGUGUCUCUCGGUAACAAACCAAGGGCUUUGUUUUCAAAUUCCUGCAAAGAUAAUUAAUAAAUAAAUAAAUAAAUAAAUAAAUAAACCAUAGCAUGCAGGGAGGUUUUGACAUUUUUUUCCCUCCUUCUCUCUCCUUCCCAACUUGAUAGCUAAAAAUGACAAAAGCACCUUUUUGCACGAUCAUUGUUGGAAAAAUAGAUUUAAGUAGGGGAGUUCUGCAUACGGGUUUGGUUUUUUUAAGAGAAAAAAACGCAGGAGUCAUCAGUAAGCCUAGCAUCUUGCAAAUGGCCACAACCCUCACAAGAGACAUUCCCUAUGACUGAGAGUCCAAGCCAUUAAAAAAAAAAACCUCUGCUUUAGCUAAGGUGUCCCACCAGCCUCUUGGUUGGCGGUUCCAAACACCACAUUUUUUGGAGUGGGUGGGAAACAUAAUGCAAAAACUUCAGAAGCAGACAAGCUUGGACUCAGACCUGCUGUCCAAAAGAGACGAUUUUUGAAUUUCGAAUUCCGGUAGCUGUCCAAAUGUCCUUUUUAGCAUUUGUUUUUCUACAAGAGCUUUUGUCAAUAACGUUGGCUUCGUCAGCUCCUCGGUUUCAUCGGCGUGCAUUUUGAGAUCCCUUCCCAACCAUUUCCAGAGGUUUAAAAUGGAGGGGCUUUUCAGAGCAUUGCUGGGGAGAGGGAGCAGUGUUGUUUUUUUAAAAAAAAUGGCACUGAAAUUUGGGGUGGGACAAAACUCUCUACUGCUUUAAUCAUUUGGAGUUUAGUAAUUCUUCGAUAUUUGCCUUUGGAACUCUGCCAAACUUUUUGUGCAUUUUGAACCUUAGUUUUACUCCCUGUAAUUCUCGCAUUUUAAAAAAAAAUUUUUUUUUUUUGCUUCCUUCUAUGCCUCUGCUUAAAAAAUAUUGCAAGCUGCAGAAUUUCUCACACAAAACGCCUCGAAAACAUUUGAAUUUGACCCGGCCAGCUCCGUGCAAAAAUUAAAUUGCAAUCUUGGCGUAAUUGCUUUGCUUUUCCUUUAAUUUUUCCCUUCCUUUGUGCAAUGAUUAGCAAAUUGCAAUCCUGUUUCUUUUAGUGGCGUGUAACUGCUUUGCGCCCGGGGUGAGUUUUUAUUUUUAUACUGUUUUCUUCGUCUGGCCGAAUUUUUGGCCGUUUUUUCUUUCAAGUUGCGAGGCAGCUAGAUUGAUUGUUAGAUGCAAAACGAGCAUCGUAAACCUUCUGGUGGGAAUUUAAAUCAGAACUGCAACUCUUAGGAUAGAGGAUCGUUCUGCCUUUCAGCUGUUUUCUUCCACUCCAGCAAAAUUUAAAAACAAAACAAAACACUAGAAUUUAUUUAUACGUAUUUGAUGUUGUAGGUGAAAAGAAUUAAAUACUUCACUGAUCUAUUUAUAUAAUGUCUGGAUUUAUUCUGCACAGGUCAGGCCAAGAAAGGGUCCAUAGAUUUUUUUCUAUUUUAUCAAAACUCGCUUUUUGAUUCUAAAGCUUUUUAAACCGUAGCCGUUUAAAUUGUUGGCAAAAUCUUCUCGCUUUGUUUUUGUCUGCUGGAACCCUCCCCAAACUCGGCGGCUCACAAUAUCGUGAUGUUCUUGAAAGAAAACUAAACCCAUCUCGGUUUCCUUCACUACAAAUUCAACAAAUUUUUUUGUGCGUGUUUUGUGUGAACCUUGAGUUGCAAGCAAAAAGUUUUCGGAUCCUUAUUUCUGAAUGCAGCCGCUGUGAUUUUGCGUCCGAUCGGCGUGUCGGUGAGAGGAAGAGGGGAGCGAUUCGGCACAAGCAAUUUUCUCCUGCAUGAACUGUGUAAACACCAAAAUUUGGAUAUUGGCAAGGACGGUUGUUGUUUUUUUUCCCCUCCUACCGAAAGGAAAGAAGAUUGGAUCACUUCCCAAGAUUGCGCCUGUCAAAUUUCAGCUCUGCACAUGAUAUUCAGGGGGGAAAAAAGAAAAAAAAAUCAGAACGAAAGAACCGCAGUCCGUUUAUAAACCAGAAACAAGCUAAUAAGCGCUUCUUUUGAUCAUUAUUAUUAUUUUUUCCUCAAAGUCUUUUUAAAGCACUGGGUUUCAGCUGCAGUUUGUGUUUUCGUUCAGCUACAUGAUGCCUGUAAAUAGAAUUUUAAAUCCUGCAUUUCACCACUUCCUCUCUCUCGCAUUUCAAUUUGGGCCUAAUUUCCCCCCCCCCUUGUAAAAACUCCGAAAAUUGUUCUUUAAACUGAAGGUGUGUGAAAGAGAGAAAAAGGGAGAGGCUAAAGUUUUAAAAGAUGAACUGACACACAUUUGUAGAUUGUAGUUAACAUAGAUCUUUUCCCUUCUUGCCUUCUGCAAAAGGACCCUCCAUAUUCCUGGCUCUUCUUUUAUUUUUUCAGAGAGUUAUAGAUGGAAAAAACCCAUCAAUUUAAAAGUUUAUCCUUAGCCACAAGACUUCCUUGCAUGCCAUUUUAAUCCCCCCUCCCCUUUUCCUUUGUGUCCUUUAGCCUUCGGUGUGAUGCAAAAAAAAAUCCUCUUUCCGUGUCACCUCAAAAUAUGGCAGGCAGAUUUAAUUUAAUUAGCUUUCAUCCGAUUGGAAAGCUGAUUCAAAGCGCUUGGCUUUAAUUUGUCCUGUGGCUUUUAAAGAGCAUUUUUUCGCCAGAGAUGUGCCGGACUGAAAAUUGUGGGUAUCGUAAGCGCUAACACAACACUUGGUCGUCGACAGAAGGCUGAACUGCUUAAAAGUCCGUCGAAGAUGAUCAACAGAAGCUGAAUAAGAUGAUGUUCAUAGCAAAAGUUUCUUCUCUCGUCCUGUAUAAAUCACAUUCUUUUUUUAAAAUUUUAUUUUAAAGAUGGUAUCGUACCUGUUCAUGUUUUAAUCUUGCAAACCUGUACAGUAAAAUCUUUUUUUGUUUGUUUGUUUUUGUUUUGUUUUUUUGGGUGGGGGGCUUCUCCUGUGUUUUGUCUUUUCAUGUAGAGCAGAUAUUUGAAAGGGCAAACGGUGAAUAACAUUUGCAGACACGCGACACGUUUUAAAAUCUUUCGGAGAACUGCCAAGGCCGGUAAAAGACAGUUCUCGUUCGCCCUUUUAUGGGGUGGUUUUUCUUUUUUGGGGAGGGUUUUCGUUUUUGUUUGGGUUUUUUUUUUUUCUUCCAGUUUCUAUGGUUUCUCCUUUCAAAUAUGUGAUUGUAUUAGCUCUUUCCAUACGAAAGAAUUAUCCUUAUUUAAAUUAAAAAAAAAUAAAGAAAUAAAAGUGA